CUAUCAUGGUCAACAUUCAAAGUUUGUAACUUCAACCUCUCAAACCAAUUCUUCUUUCUCUUCUCUUCCCUUCUCUUUCAUUGAGAAGAAAAUGAACAACCACAACACCGACAGCUUCUCUCUGUUGGGUGUUCUUCAUUCCCCCAAUUCUCUGAAAUUCUCAGGGAUUUCGCCACGCGAGAACUCAACGCGUUUUUAUGGCUAUCUCUUGUUGUUGUCACCACCCUUUUGCUCAGAAGACUCUUUAGCCUGUUUGGGAUAUGGCACAGGGCUAGAACCAUUCCUGGGCCUCCCUCUUCCUCUUUUUUUGGCAGCUGCAAGCUCUUUUCCCGGCCAAAUUUUACUUUCACUGAUGUGCUGUCAGAAUCCCAUAAAAUGUAUGGACCUAUUGUUAAACUGUGGUUAGGUCCUACUCAACUUUUGGUGUCAGUAAGGGAUCCAAUGUUAAUACAAGACAUGCUUAUAAAAGCUGAGGAUAAGUUGCCUUACACAGGAAAAUUGUUUCAUCUGGCCUUUGGGCAAUCAAGCCUCUUUGCCCCUUCAUUUGAAAAGGUGCAAAAGAGAAGGGAACUAUUGGCAACAGAAUUAAACGAAAGAUUGCUGAAGAAUGGUGAUAUGAUUCCUGUGAAAGUUGCAGACUUUAUCACAGAUAAAAUAGAAACCAUAGAAAAGAAAGGAGGUCUUGAUUCCAGGUUGGUUUCUCAGCACAUCGCUUUCACUAUAAUGGGAGUCACAUUCUUUGGAGAUGGCUUCUUGGCCUCACCGAAGGCUGCAAUGUAUGAGGAACUGUUCAUGACCAUUGCUAAAGAUGCUUGCUUUUGGGCCUCCUAUAAUGUUACUCCUUUCUGGAGACGUGGAUUUUGGAAGUACCAAUGCUUAUGUACAAAGUUGAAAUGCUUAACUCAAGACAUCCUUCAACAUUGUAGAAAAGGUUGUAAACUAUCUAGCCAUACUGGGCAAGAUGUACAUUAUGAAAGUUCCACUGAAGAAAUGAAGUCAGCAGAUGGUGCACAAUGCUGUUCUGAUGAUGAGUUCCAAGAUUACUAUUUCUUUCGAGAUCUUAAGGAUCAUCAAGAUGGUAAAGAAGAGCCUUGUGGGAAUGUCAUGCGCAUGAUAUUUCACGGAUGUCAAACUACCUCUGUUCUAAUCACGGAUGUAUUGACUAGGCUUGUCAUGCAUGGGGAAAUACAGGAUAAGGUUUAUUCGGAGAUUAGCAUGGUAAGAAGAAACCCAUCGAAAUUUGAGCAUGAAGAUGUUUAUAGGAUGCCGUUGUUAUUGGCUACAAUUUAUGAAUCUGCACGCCUUCUUCCCACUGGUUCCAUGCUGCAGAGAUGUUCUCUGAAACAUGACUUGAGCUUUGCAUCUGGUGUAACCAUACCUGCUGGAGCUGUAUUGGUUGUACCAGUUGAAUUGGUACAGAAAGAUGAAUUCAAUUGGGGGAGUGAUGCAAGUCAUUUCAAUCCUUACCGAUUUCUCUCAACUGUUACAAAUAGAUCAGGUUCUGCUGAAGACCUUUCUGAUACAGGGUUCAGUUCAUUUGUGCUAAAGGAUCCAAAUGAAAAUGCAGCAUUCCUGCCUUUUGGAUCUGGUGCACGUGCUUGCAUUGGACAGAAAUUUAUCAUCCAACUUGUUGCCUCAGUGUUGGCAUCAUUGCUAAAUAAAUAUGAGAUACGGCUUAGCUCAGACUCAAAUGCAGACUCAAACACAACCUUGAAGAAUAAUCUUCUGCAGCGUCAUCCCAGUUCACAGAUAUUAUUCGUGAAAAGGGACCAGUGAAAGAAAAGAAGCAUAAACAUACUAUGUAGAUAAACGAGUCUAGAUUCUCUCUAAAUUUUUCUAUGGUGUUCUCUGCUAACCAAUGAAAUACAUUGAUGUUGGUAUAUUAAAAUUCUUUUUAAUAUAUUUUAAAACAUCAAAAUCAAUAUAUUUUUAAAGACACAGCAGAUGAACAAUACAAGAAAACUCAGUAGAGAAUCCAAACUCGUAUAUAAACAUGGUGUUGUAGUUAAAGUUAACAACACCAAAAAUAUCUAGACCUUUCCUUUUUAGUACUACACUCCUUUUUCCAAGAUGAAUGGGGAAGUUCUCUGGCUCAUUGUGGUGUUUGGGAGGAUGAAUCUAACAUGAGUUUCUUAGCUCAAGUUUUUUUCCUCCCUGUUUUUAAACAUUGCCCUAGUGUUGGCUUCAGGCCCUGACACUUAUUUUGUUGGUGUUUUAAGCACUUUGGGUCAAUUGUUUCUUUGGAGCCUUUGGUUUUCCUUCCCCUUCUCUGGAUGUGGAUCUCUUGUUUUUCUGAUGUCAUCAACUUUUUCACUUCUGAAGGAAGUUUGUUCAUGUAUCUGAUAUUUUCAAAAUAAAAUGUAUCCAUCAAAAUAUAUGUGGACCCUCUUGUUUAGCCUAAGGACAUAUUCACCGUGUUUAUAGUUUUAUGUUGAUAUUGGAAUGAUAAUGCUGUGUUAUGUAUUUGGAUA